AUUUUGCAGCUACGUGCCGACGUUGUACCGAAGACUGCUGAAAAUUUCAGGGCUUUGUGCAGCGGCGAGAAGGGUUUCGGUUACAAGGAUUGCGUUUUUCAUCGCAUUAUACCGAAUUUUAUGUGUCAAGGUGGCGAUUUUACUGCACAGAACGGCACUGGCGGCAAAUCAAUUUAUGGCAAUAAAUUCGAUGAUGAGAAUUUCAUAUUGAAGCAUACGGAACCUGGCAUUUUGUCAAUGGCCAAUGCCGGUCCCAAUACUAAUGGAUCGCAAUUCUUUAUAACCACGGUAAAGACAUCUUGGCUUGAUAAUCGUCAUGUUGUGUUUGGUAAAGUGAUAGAAGGUCUAGAGACGGUCAAGAAAAUGGAAGCAUAUGGUGGUCAAUCAGGUAGACCUGCAAAGCGCAUCGUUAUUGAAGAUUGCGGUCAAACUCAGUAAAUUGUUUAAAUUGAAAAGAAAUCAAAAAAAAGUAACGGCUUUUCGAAUUUUUUUUUUUUCUUAUUCCCCAUAAAUUAUCAUGUAGUUUGAGAUUGAUCGAAACGUCGAGGUCUGCCUGCAAUAAAGACGGAUUUUUGAAUUUUUAUUUAA